GGAAAUUCCGGUUAGUUUUUUUUUGCAUGCUGGAGCCAUUGUACAUCGUCUCAAUCAAUUUACGGGACAUAAGCUGAUUUUUAUUGCCAAAAACUAAAAAUCAUGGCUCUCGAAUCGCGCAUCACACAGGAAGAAAUCAAGAAGGAGCCGGAGAAACCUAUCGAUCGUGAAAAGACUUGCCCUCUUCUGCUUCGUGUAUUUACCACCAACAACGGCCGACACCACAGGGCAGACGAGUUUGCCAGAGGAAAUGUACCGUCCAGUGAACUGCAGAUUUACACAUGGAUGGAUGCUACUUUGAAGGAACUGACGAGCCUGGUGAAGGAAGUCUAUCCAGAAGCCAGGAAAAAAGGAACACACUUCAGCUUUGCAAUUGUCUUUCCAGAACCUAGGACCAAAGCCUACAGGUUAAAAGACAUCGGUAGCACCAUUUCUGGCAGGAAAGGUGCAGAUGACUCCAUGACAUUGCAGUCACAGAGGUUUCAGAUCGGGGACUAUCUGGAUAUAGCGAUCACGCCUCCCAACAGGGUCCCACCUCUUAGCACACGCAUGAGACCCUUCUAAACACAGCAUUCAUAUGUACACCACAGUUCAACACAAGCCCACGUUUAUGGAAGACAUUCAAAUUUGUUUUCUCUUUCUGAUGGUUUUUGCCUCAUUUUUUAUUGUACAAUGUGACACGUAAUAAAAGUGCUUUUUUCUA